UCCAGUCGGGAAUGACUCUGCAUCUAUAACUGAUUGAAAAAUACUUUAUCGGGGGCGCCGUACAUUUCUCGGAGUAGAAGACGUCUUCUGGAGAAGCAAAAUGUUCGCGUUACACCUUCUUCUUUCUCUGCUGAUGGGUCUGGCCGUGGCCCAGGAAGCUACAGUGCUGCCAGUCACAGAAGACGCUGGAACGUUGGACGUCACGGAAAAGACUUUCAUUCAUUCUACCGACCCGCAGACCCAGGCUUCCACGGCUGAAAUAAACGUUACUGAAUUCAUUGGCGUAACAGAGAGUUCAUCUUUGGAAAGAGCGACUCUGAGUUUGGGAAACGACAAUUCAACCGAUAUCGUAGUUACAGAAGAUCCCGAAGGUCUGGGAUUAGCAACGCUUGUGGGAAUUGUGGCUGGCGUCAUAACACUUAUUGGAAUAAGUGCCAUUAUUAUUAUCGUAAUUGUGAGAAAAAUGGGAAGAUAUUCGUAAACCCGGAAAUUGAAGGAAUUCGUGAUGAAGAACAGAAAAAAAAAAUUUAUUACAUUGAAAACAGUUAAUGGUAAAUUCUGGGCAAAAGGAAACAUCCAAUACAAAUAUAACAUAAAUGGAAGAUAUUAACUCCAAGAACACACAGGGACGAGUAUGCAAAUGUAUCCAUUUCCAUGGGGUAAAAUAUGGGAUAAUAUUCUAGUUAUUGGGUGAUAUGUACAGGAAAAAUAAGAUUUUUUUUUCUUUAGCCAUGCCAUAAAGGUGUGUAUGUAAAUAAUAUGUACAGCAUUUAGUACAUGUGCUACAUGUAUACAUCUACAGCGGAAGGUCCCACUGCAACGCAAAAUAUUAAAACCAUAACUGUUUUUUUUAUUUUAUUUUUUAACCAGAGCAUAAAAUUUUAACAUGAAGCUAUCAAACUCAUACAUUAACCCUAUAGGUGCGCUCUUACGCAGGUCUGGGACACCUAUGCGUUUCUCUUGUGUUUUUAUUGAACAAUCAUGCCCCCUGCUGGCCUGAAAUGAUACUGCGUUCAAUAGAUACGCGGGAAGCCCGGCUCCGCCACGCCAAUGAAUGUUAUUAUUAAAAAUGGAAGCUUCAUUGUGUAGUUAAAACAGAUUUUUUAUUUGCUGAUAAAAUGAUACAAGUCACUGCAAAUUAGACAUUUUUCAAGUUAA